AUGAGUCCAGGGAGCAGGACUGGGCCUCGUAGGUACAUGAGCAAAGCUCAACGCGCAUGCGACCUUUGUCGCUCGCGGAAAUCGGCGUGUCAGAUCGACACAGCUCCCCCUUGCCGCCUAUGCAGGGUUCAUGGACAACAUUGCGAAUUCACCGAUCGUAUAGUCCGUAAGAAGAGGCGCCCGCUGCAGACUACUCCCGGUCCAUCACUGAACGCUUUCAAUGAUGGAAAUGCUUCUAAUGAUGGGCGAACGAAUGAGUCAUCCGAAUUUGCAAGCUCGGUGCAACCAGUGGAUUCAAUAGCCAUGUAUAUGACGGAAGGCGCUAUGCAUGGUGAUGCUCCAAGGGUUGUCGAGCAGUUAUAUGACUUGAGCGUUGUGCAAGGACUUGAAGAUUCGCAUGCCUCUGUCCUAGGUAGCGGAGAUAAUGGAAUCAUGAACGAGCUAAUGCUCAGCAUGUAUGAGGGUCAAGGAUUGUCUCUUAUAGAGUCGAAUCCUGCUCCGGGGCCUCCGUCCCUCGAUAACCAUCCAUCACUGUCUUCCCAGCUAUGUGGUUUGACUGGUGAUAUGGAUCCCUAUGUUCUACGACAUUAUCGUUUCGACGCAAGAGCAGAGUUUCCAUUCUCCAAGCUUGCUAUACGGUCAGUGCAGGACACAGAGAUGCCAGUGCAAUUUUUGUUAUCAAAACCCGAGUUAAGCAACGAGUCAAAGGCCCUGAGUAGCUUGGAAACACCGUUUGCCAAGGACACGUUGCCCGACCUAUCACAGAUCGUGGCCCCGGAGAUUGGGGAACGACUGAUCCAAUUGUUUUCGCGUUUCGUUAACCGGCAAUUUCCUAUCUUCCCUGAGGAUAGACUGCCAGAGCCACGGGCCGCGUCAGCACAUCUUCUAGCGGCGAUAUACUUGAUCACUCAGCCAUUUACGACGUUCGAUGACUACUUAUGUAUCGAGUUUGUGUAUAGUCCUCCGUCACCGCAAGUCUUAUUCGGAAUCGCCUGGCGCGAACUCAAUAAUGCCUUAUCCCAACCUACAAUGCAGUCUUUGCAAGCAGCACUCAUCCUCCUAUUGCACCCACCUUUGAAUCCUUUGUUGCUUGACAGCUCAAUGAAAUGGACGCUUCUGGGCAUGGCUGUGUCAAUGGCACAAACACUCGGGCUGCAUCUGGAUCCUGCCAUGUGGAACUUACCAUCAAACGAGAUCCGUACCCGUCGUCGCCUAUCAUGGGUGGUAUUCGCCCUAGACAAGUGGCUUGCCUUUAGCUUUGGCCGACCAAGUCACGUCUCAAGAAAUAAUUGGCUCAUUACUGAAUUGGAUUCGAGCGAUAUUGAGUCUGAGGACCCUACCAGCAAUGCGCAUGCAUAUGCUAUCGAGUUCUCAAAACUCACCACAAUACUGGAUAAUGUUCUGGAGAGUCUUUACUCUAUCCGUUCGUUGUACACCCUCUGCAAGGACUUUCGUUUGACAAUGUCUAGCGCUCGUCCUCUUAUGCAAAACCUCACAGAAUGGUAUACAAGUCUCCCUUUAUCCUUAGCCAUGGCACCGGCACCCGGGUGUAAACAAACAUCAGAUGAUUCCGCAUCUCUCCACAUCGCCUAUCAAUCUGUGAAGAUCUUAAUCCUCCGUGCACUACUCCGCCCCUUCAACAAUGUGGAUCACCUUUCCUCCGAACUAGAGCAAAAUGAAGAGUGGCACGCCGCACGAUCGCAGAUACGCCAGACAGCAUCAGCCGAGGCAGAUGUGGCCCUGAGCCUUAUAUCGAACCUACAACCCGCACACUACCAGGCGUUCUGGCCACCUUGGCUGAAAACAUCCUUUGCUUGUAUAAUGAAUCUUCUGUUCCUGCUGACGGUCACCGCUCACCAGCUAUGUGAUUCUGGAGGCACGGAUCCCGGGGAAGAAUACAGGCAGCUCAGGCAGACUCUUGAUCGGGCGAGGAUGGUAUUUCGUUUACACGCAAAAAGUCUCGAUAUUAUUCGAUUUGCCCUUUUACGCAUCGAUGCGGUGUUUUGGAUCGGAUGGGAGAGGGUCUUGGGCUUCCCCUGA